GCGAAUUCGAAAAAGGCAGAGAACAGCGAGCUCAGCGAGUACUUGGCAGACUCCUGAUGCACCGGAGCCGAUAGUCCUCGCGAGGAUUCGUGGGUUGAGAUUGGACGAAAAUUCGACUGAGGAAGGUCUUGACUCAUAGAGUCGUCGGCCGAUGUGGCUGUCAGUACCGACUCCCAUGCCUUGUUGCCGGCUGAGGACGCCUCGGAAUGAUACAAAAGCCCCAUGCUUUGACAGAGUCGCUUGAUCACCAUCAAAUCUCCCAAUCACCAAAAUCAGCCCUUCCAACCAGACCUUCCAACCGAUCACCCACACACUCUCUCACGAUGAAGUUCGCCUACACCCUUUCCGCCAUUGCUGGUUUGACCAUGGUUUUGGCCGCCGACAGCUCUUCCUCUUUGACUGAUUGCCAGACCACUUGUUCCGACUCUGUUUUGGCUAGCAACAGCACUUGCGGAUCUUCCUUCUCUGCUUGCGCUUGUGACAAUGUCUAUGUCCAGAACGUCAAGAUUUGUCUUUAUAAGGGCUCUUGCUCCACCGACGUCUCCACCUGGUUCGACACUGCCUCCGCCGCCUGUGAAGCCACUGGCGCCGAGGCCAACUACACUUCCACCCACGAGUCCAACUACACCUGGUCUUCUGACUCUGCCAGCGGUUCCGCCACUUCCUCCCCUGUCUCUUCUGCCUCUGCCUCUGCUUCUUCUUCUUCUUCCAGCAGCAGUGGUGCCCUCCCCGCCCAGCGGAUUGGUGCCGCCGCUUUGGCCUUCGUGGGCGCUGUCGUUGGAUCCGCCAUGCUCUUUUAAAUAGUUUAUCAAGUAGCUCGACUUUUUUGUCGUCUGUCUGGGUCUUUGGGAUUGAGCGGCUAGGUCUACGGGAGCGUCUUCUAUAAUCUCCAUGUCAUGCACUAUUGCCA